AUAGCACUGCGACGCUUUCCUGAAGGCUCAUGGGAAGUGUAGUUCUGGUGUAGAGCUAGAAUUCUUUCACUUGGGACAUGAGUGGAAAGAGACUGCAGCAGCUAGGAGACAAGGGUGGAGGGAGUAAGAGAGGCAAGCGAGAGGUGAAGGCUGAGCUGUCCGCUGCUCUUAAGGUGCAGGCUGGACGUGACGAGGCCAGGAGAGCCUGGGAAAAGAGGGAGGCUGCCCAGUGUGGUUCUGUUGUCUUGCAUUCUGUCCCCUUCCAACAUUGCAUUAUCCAUUCCUUUUUUGAAAACACCAAAUUCCUCGAUGGGUUAAAGGAAGAAUUACUGACCUUGAGGUUCCAUGAAAAAUCUAAUGAUCUGUACAAAUUCCAACAGUCUGAGGAUCUGAAGAGCAGGAACGAACCACACAUCAGUGCACUCAGGGAUGUCUUGUUUGUGGAUUUUCGGCAAUGGCUUUCAGAGGUGACAGGUGUCGAGUUGGAGAGAACUGUAGACGUAUCCUGCGCUCAGUACAACUACACAGAUACUCUGCUGUGCCACGAUGAUGAACUUGAAGGGAGGAGAUUUGCUUUCAUCUUGUAUCUGGUUCCUGAGUGGUCUGAGGCAGAUGGGGGAACUCUUGACCUCUACAACACUGAUGAGAGGACACAACCCGGAUUUAUUGUCAAGUCUCUUGUUCCAUCUUGGAAUACAUUGGCUUUCUUUGAGGUCUCUCCAGUUUCUUUCCAUCAGGUUUCAGAAGUGUUAACUGAAGAAAAGUGUCGUCUGUCAGUCAGUGGAUGGUUUCAUGGACCAUCUGUGGAGCGGCCCCUACGAUGUCUGGACCCUGCACCUAUCCGUAAUCCCCAUAUCCCUCGUGAUCAUGAAAUCCUGUAUGAAUGGAUAAAUCCAGCGUACCUGUCGUUUGAAUAUCAAUCACAAAUUCAAGAAGAAUUUGAAGAGUCGUCAGAAAUUCUUUUGAAAGACUUUCUUAAGGAGGAGAAGUUUAGGGCUGUUUGUUCAGCCCUGGAGACCCACAACAUUGAUUGGGAACUGCUAGGCCCACCCAACAGAAGGUGUUAUAAGAAGGCAAAAGGAGAAUUACCUGAUGCAUUAUCUGCGUGCAUGGAACUCCUGCAAUCUGAAGCCUUCUUCUUGUUUCUUUCCAACCUUUCGGGUCUCAAGCUGCAUUUCUUAGCUCCAGACAAUGAAGAUUCUGAUGAAGGUGAAAGUUCUUCUGGAGACAAUGCAAGGUCCUCAUCACAAAGAGAUGGAGCGGAGAACGCUGGUCCUGCUGCGGAGUCAGAAGGUGACAAAGUUCCUACAUGCACUGGAGAACUAAGACACUGGGAGCAUGGGCACUACACCAUGAUACAUGACAAUGAUCCUGAGCGACAGGAGUUUGCUUUAGACCUGCUGCUGUUUUGUGGAUGUGAAGACUGGGAAACCGAGUAUGGAGGAUUCACUUCUUACAUUGCCAAGGAGGAAGAUGAAGAGCUCCUUACAGUCUACCCAGAGAACAACUGCCUGGCCUUGGUUUACAGAGAUAAAGAAACUAUGAGAUUUGUGAAACAUAUCAACCAUAAGAGUCUAAAAAGAGAUGCUAAUCGCUGCAACCGCACAGGAUUCUGGGAUUUCGCUUUUGUGUACUAUGAAUGAUAAGUCUGACUCGGUACAUACUGUAGAUUCUCUUCAUGACUUUAUUGAUCCUAGUCAGGAUGUAACCAGACCUCACUGAUAUGGGGCCGUGUUUUAUAAGGUUCCCACUCCAUGCAAAUAUGAAAUCUAGUUUUUAUCUAAAUCUAAUAUUUAGGUUUCUAAAAAGUAAAGCAGUUCUAGGAAAUAAUGGUGAUUUUUUUUCCUUGACAUGUUUAUUUUCAUUGAGGUCAUAGGGGCAGCAGAAAUGUUUAGAAAAUGUUUGUUUGAACUCAGCCUUCUGUAGGUGUUCCUCUUAAUAAACAUUUUUGUCAUUAUUAUAUCGGGCAACAUUUGGGGCAUAAAAUAGUGGAACAGCAAUAUUUGUAACUUGUUACAUCCACAUAUGGGAAUAAGUGUCUGAUCGCAGGAUUCAACCGCUGGGACCACACUGCUCUAGCCGGCAUCCUGCUUGGAUGUAAUGACAGGUACUUACAAAGUAAGUGCAGGGUAAUGAGCCCCACCUCUUCUGUCUCUGCAGAGUCAAAGGUUUCAUAUAGACUGCAUUAGGGGGACCAAAUCAUAGGAAAAGACGGAAUUCAGAAGUUUGUACAUGCUGCUGUGAGCAAGACAGUUAGUAAACUCUUGCACAAGAGGACAUAUUUACUAUAGUAUGAACCCAGUCCAUGAACAAGAGUGCUAAUAUAAUUCUAUGAAUGUGAAUGUUUAGGCACACUUUAACAUCAAAGUAUUGCAAUUAAGUUUGCCAAUGGCAGUAUGUUUGGUGUGAGGUCCUGGCAUGUGGAGGACAGGUCUUAACCUCUUUCUCUUCACACAGCUCUAGCCUAAUAAUUCCUCUAUAAAAGCUUCUUACAACAGACCAACAUGGAAAUUAAAUCAGUGCUUUUAUUCUUGUAGUGUCACACAAAGUGAAGAUCUGUCAUCUCCCUUUCAUUGUUAAGUUCAUUUCUGUAAGAUCAAAAGGGAAGGGACGCGGCUUGGUGGGAACAGGUUUAAUUAAAAGUAGACCUUAUGUCUAAAGGGGAUGUAUCAUCAGAAAAUCAUACAAGAUUUUUACUUUAGUAUCUGUUGGAAAGUGGCUUUGAUCAAUGAUUCUUUCUAAUAUGAAUUAGAAAUUGAGGGGGGUAUUAAAGGAAGUUUAAAAGAAUUUAGAUGUCUG